GUUCCGCCAGGAGAAAGUGGAGGGAUAUGUAAUUGCACCGAGUUAGUGUGUGUCACGGAUAACAUAUGGGAGAUGCGCCCUAUUAAGUGCAAAAAUCAUACUAAGCCCACAUGUGCCAAUAACCUUGCUCCUAUAGAAGUAUUGGAUAAAGAUGGAUGUUGCUCGCACUGGGAAUGUGACUGCUAUUGCACUGGCUGGGGAGACCCACAUUACAAGACAUUUGAUGGCCUCGCCUACAGUUACCAAGGUAAUUGUACCUAUGUCCUAGUGGAAGAGAUUGUUCCCACCAUCCACAACUUUGGAAUGUACAUCGAUAACUACCAUUGUGAUCCAGCGGAAUCUGUCUCUUGUACCCGUACUCUCACCAUAAAGCACGAGUCCCAGGAAGUGCAACUCAAAACGGUCAAACUGAUUCCUAUGAAAGUAGAGCUUAACAGGACAAAGCCAGACACAACAAAUGGAAGGGUGCUUCUGUCCUAAUGGGACAAAACUUUAUGACACUGCUAUGGAUGUAUGUGUUUCCACGUGUGGAUGUGUUGGACCAGACAAUAUUCCCAGAGAGUAUGGGGAGACCUUUCAGUUUGACUGCAAAGACUGUAUUUGCCUGGAAGGUGGAAGUGGCAUUAUCUGUGAACCCCUCAAGUGUCCAGUACCAGAUCGUGAAGUACAGUGUGAAGGAGAAGGAUAUCAUAAGAUCACCCAAAUUAAUCCUGAUGAGAAAUGCUGUUCAGACAUCGUGUGUGUGUGCAACACCACUCAAUGUACGACCAAACCUCCACAGUGUGAUCCAGGAUUCAUAGCUGUUGCUAACACCACUGAAGAACAAUGUUGUCCUUCUUAUCAAUGCAAUCCUAAAGAAGUGUGUGUGAAGGAUGGUAACGAAUACAAGCCUGGUUCAGAAGUCUUAGGAAGCAAGUGCGAAAAGUGUAAAUGCACAAAUAAACAGAACAGCACCACUCUUCUGAAUAUCAUAGAGUGUAAUGUUAUCUCAUGCAACGUGAAAUGCCAGGAGGGCUAUUCUCUUAUUCCACACCCUGGUGAAUGCUGUCCAACAUGCGUGCAGACAAGUUGUUUUAUAAGAACAAAAGAAAAUGGCACUCUCAUCCUAAAA